AUGCCGCCAGCACUUGCUGCUGAAGCAAGACGCCCACCAGCAGGAGCGGCAGCAGCUGCGGGCACGGCUGAAGCUGGCAGGGUGCAGCAGCAGCAGCAACACCAGCCGCCGCCGGCAGGAGUGCUGAGCGGCGGGGCAUUCGAUCCUGGAGCAGCCUGGCCGGUGCAGCAGCAGCAGCGGCUGGAUCUCCCUCCGCUUCUUUCUGGCCAGACCUUUGUCGAGGCGUACGAGUUGGUGCUGCUGGUGGACAACCGUGAGCGGCAGGGGGCACAGCAAGGGCUGGGCCAGCUGCUGGCAUCGCUGCGGGAGCGGGGCGUGGCCGCCGAGGCACGCCACCUGCCGGUUGGGGAUGCGCUCUGGGUGGCACGCGCCAGGCGCUGCACCCCAGCCGCCGCCGCCGCUGCUGCCGCCGCGAGUGGUGUGGCGGAGGGCGAGGAGUGGGUGUGCGGGUACGUGCUGGAGCGCAAGAGCAGCGCAGACCUGCUGACCAGCAUCAGUGAUGGUCGCUACCUGUCGCAGAAGUGGCGCAUGCUGCACUGCGGCCUGCCGCACCGGCUGUACCUGGUGGAGCUGGAGGGUGACUACAGCCUGAGACCCAGCAACAAGCAGGCGGUGCAAACCGCCCGCACCACGACCCAGGUGGUGGAUGGCUUCACCGUUCUGUACAGCAGGACCUACAGCGACGAGCGCUUCAGGCCCAACACCCUGGACUGGCUCACCAACCUGACACGCAGCAUUGCAACAAGAUACGCCCAUGAGGCCCGCAGCAGCGGCGGCCUGCCUGCUCGCCCCAUGACUUAUUCCGAGCUGGGCGAGGGAGUGAAGCAGGAAGAGGAGCAGGCGCUGAGCGGCAGCGCCCAGUGGCAGCUGAUCCUCAUGUCCACCCCAGGCGUGGCUCUGAGUGCUGCCGAGGCCAUCUCCCAGCGUUACGCUACCCCUGCCGCCCUGCUGUGCACGGCGCGACAGGCAGGGCGUGCCGGCCUGGCUGCACAGCUGGCCACGCUGCGUUGCUCUCGGGGAGGUGGUACCGUCAUUUCCGAGGCCGCCGCCAGCAUCCUGCUGCAGCAGCUGUUCCCCGGCCAGCAGGAGCCCCAGCCCCUGCGGCAGCAGCAGCAGCAGCAACAUCACCAAGUGGAGGUUCUGGAGAUUAGCGACAGCGACUGA